ACAUUAUAAUGCAAGGGACCUCCUUUUUUAACCACAAACUGAAUUUUCGUUCAUUUAGACUAUAUACUUUUUUAAAUUGCCCCAAAGUUGCGAGAUUUUUUUCGGAGCUCCUUUCACCCUGGAGCGGUACGCGAUGCUCUCUCACGCCGACCUCCUGGAUGCUCGGCUCGGUGAGUUAUCAUCACUAAACUCCGGCCCGAAACUCCAGUGGAUGAAAGAUGCUGCGGAGCUCCUUGGACACAGAGAAGCUCUCAAGUGCCGACUGGGAGGUGGAGUUCAGGACCAGGGGCAUCCGGGAGACAUUGCCCCUGGUUCGGACUCCGUAGAGGGAACGACUCUCCUGCCGGGGGAAGAUAUCACCACUGUGGGUUCCAACGCUGCCGGCAUGCCGGUGAACGGGAAACAGGAGCAGGAGAAGCAGCAGCAGCAGCAGCAACAACAACAGCCGCAGCAGAGCUCCGGUCAGCCGACGAGCCAGCAGAAACAAAAGCGGCACAGGACGCGCUUCACCCCAGCUCAACUCAACGAGCUGGAGCGCAGUUUCGCCAAGACCCAUUACCCCGAUAUCUUCAUGCGGGAGGAGCUGGCGUUGAGGAUCGGUCUCACCGAAUCCAGAGUUCAGGUUUGGUUCCAGAACAGACGCGCUAAAUGGAAGAAAAGAAAGAAGACCACCAACGUGUUUCGCGCCCCGGGGACGCUGCUACCAACGCCUGGCCUGCCGCAGUUCUCCGCGGCGGCCGCUAUGGAGAACAGCCUGUGCUCGUUCCACGCCAACGACUCGCGCUGGGCCACGGGGAUGCCCGGGGUCUCCCAGCUGCAGCUCCCGCCGGCCCUGGGCCGUCAGCCUGGCAUGGCGCAGACCCUCUCGCAGUGCAGCCUGGGUCAUGGCCCGCCGCCAAACUCCAUGGGACUCUCAAACGGCCUGUCCUCCAACGGUUCCGGCCUGCAGUCCCACCUCUACCAGACGCCUUUCCCGGGAAUGUCGGCGUCCCUCUCCGGCCCCACGAACGUAUCGGGCUCCCCGCAGCUUUGUAGCUCCCCGGACAGUGAUAUGUGGAGAGGGACAAGCAUCGCUUCACUUAGGCGAAAAGCGCUGGAGCACACAGUGUCGAUGAGUUUCACUUAAGGACUUUUCAGCUCAUCUCAUCCUGCUCUCCCCGGCUCCUUGUCCCAGAUCUGCCCUGCGCCUUUCUUCUGUUUUCCCUCCUGCUGUUUAGAUCGAAACGAGAAAACGGAAUGGAGACGAACAAGACACAAUGACAAGAUCCGGAAAAAUAAGUUGGGGUUUUUUUUGUUUGUUUUUUCUUGGGAGGGGGGGGGGGGUUAUCUUGUCAUUUUAAAAAUACUUUAUUAACACUUGAUGAUAAAUGCUAUUGUAUGACACUAGAAUAUAGGUCCUAAUUAAUGAGAGCCAAACAAUCGUUGUAUUUGCGUUUUCACUGAGUGUGUCUCAACGCACACUUUAAUGUAUCCAGGUGACUUGUGUUUUGUCAAACAGUUAUAAUAUCCGCCAGUUCCCACUUCGACAGUGAGCCUUUUGAACUGCAUUUCAGGCAUGCUCUGUGUGGGUGAAUUUGGCCUUAUGAUGAAGGACGAAAUUGGCCCCCACUCACACUGAGAACCCAAUUUUUGGAAUCAAAGCAAAUUCGCAAAAGAUAAAAAUGUGAACAAAACAAUGAUCUCUCAGCUGGCCUAUACUCUGUUUUAGGAUGUUUUGUGUAGAUAAAACAUUCUUGCUGUACACGCUGGUCUUUUUGUGAUAUGUUUUAACUUAUUGUAUGUGCUAUUAUUACUUGACACAUUUCUUAAAUGUUUGAUCUUACAUCGGAUUGCACCAUAUUGACGGGUUUGUACCAGUUUAAAAAUGAACAAAACGAAUAAAAGUACUUUUCAAGAAUGUCGAA